GUACUACAAAGCUUAUUCCAAAACUCAGGACUCCACCAAGUGAAGCAGAUGUAAUGAGUGAAUCAUGAUGAACUGUAGAAAAAGGGGAGUUCAGGAUAUUUGGCUGAAAGACUGAAGGUCACAUACAGGACAAGAGGAGAAUGAUGGCAAAAGAGUUUGGUAUAUUUUUGCUCCCACCUUCCUCUUAUGAAAGAACAGGACAUCUGUGGGAGAGUUAUCCCUGGUGGGGGACUUGAUGGAGAGUACCAACCAGUCUUUGUGUGAAAACACUCUGCACUCCUCAGCACUUACCUGUGAUCUGCAUCCUUGGAGCCUCUGCCUCAAUGGGUCCAGUCAUGCCGCCCAGCAAGAAGCCGGAGGGCUCAGGAAUCAGCGUUCCCAGCGGCCUGAGCCAGCGGUACCAAGACAGCGAUUUGUCAAAGGCACUUCACGAUGACGAGGACCUAGAUUUCUCUUUGCCUGCCAUCAGAUUAGAUAAAGGGGCCAUGGAAGAUGAAGAACUAACUAACUUGAACUGGUUACACGAGAGCAAGAACUUGCUGAAGAGCUUUGGGGACUCGGUGUUACGAAGCGUCAGCCCCGUUCAGGACAUUGGUGAUGACACGCCUCCGUCCCCCGCCCAUUCGGACAUGCCCUACGAUGCCAAGCAGAACCCCAACUGCAAACCUCCUUACUCCUUUAGCUGCCUCAUAUUUAUGGCCAUCGAGGACUCGCCAACCAAAAGACUGCCUGUAAAGGAUAUAUACAACUGGAUUUUAGAACACUUUCCGUAUUUUGCAAACGCUCCUACUGGAUGGAAAAAUUCUGUAAGGCAUAAUCUGUCCUUGAAUAAGUGUUUUAAGAAAGUGGACAAAGACAGAAGUCAGAGUAUUGGAAAGGGGUCCUUGUGGUGUAUAGACCCAGAAUAUAGACAAAAUCUUAUUCAGGCUUUGAAAAAGACACCCUAUCACCCAUACUCGCAUGUGUUCAAUACACCUCCCACAUCUCCUCAGGCAUAUCAAAGCACAUCAGGUCCACCCAUUUGGCCAGGAAGCACCUUUUUCAAGAGAAAUGGAGCUCUUCUGCAAGAUCCUGACAUUGAUGCUGCCACUGCCAUGAUGCUUUUGAAUACUCCCCCUGAGAUACAAGCAGGUUUUCCUCCAGGAGUGAUACAGAAUGGAGCUCGAGUUCUGAGUAGAGGAAUAUUUCCUGGAGCCAGGCCAUUGCCAAUCAGCCCUAUAGGAAGCAUGGCUGUUGCAGUAAGGAAUGGGAUAACAAACUGCCGGAUGCGGACAGAAAGCGAACAGUCUUGUGGCUCCCCCGUUGUUAGCGGCGACCCAAAGGAGGAUCACAACUACAGCAGUGCCAAAUCUUCCAACCACAGGAGCACAUCACCUGCUAGUGACUCCGUUUCCUCUUCCUCUGCUGAUGACCAGUAUGAAUUUGCAACUAAAGGUAGCCAAGACAGCAGUGAAGGAAGUGAAGUCAGCUUCCAGAGCCAUGAGAGCCAUAGUGAAACAGAAGAGGAGGACAAAAAGCAAAAUCGGAAGGAGACCAAGGAUUCUUUAGCUGACAGUGGGUAUGCAUCCCAGCACAAGAAAAGGCAACAUUUAAUGAAGGCGAAAAAAGUACCAAGUGACACACUGCCUCUUAAAAAGAGACGUACUGAAAAGCCCCCUGAGAGUGACGAUGAGGAGAUGAAAGAAGCAGCGGGAUCCCUCCUGCAUUUAGCGGGAAUUCGAUCCUGUUUGAAUAACAUCACCAAUCGGACGGCAAAGGGGCAGAAAGAGCAAAAGGAAACCACAAAAAAUUAGAACAAAUCAAUGAUUUGUUUGAACUUACAAAGUUUUGUUUCAGCACGUCAGGUGAAUUCUAAUGAUUUGUGGCAAUAUCAGCAAUUUUUUCAUUUUUCUUUCUAUUUGGUUUUAUUUCUUUUCUUUUUUUCUUUUUUUCCUUUUUUUUUUUUUUUUUUUUUUUUUUGGACCCUUAAGAUUUUUAUUUUUAAAGGAGAUUGAAGCCAUAGAACUCAUACUGACACUCAGCUAAUUUACAAAAGCUUUUCAUUACCCGAAGAGAAAAAGUUAACAACAAAAAAAAAAGCCAAAAUCGCCAUUGCUUUCUCCGGCUUGUCAAAAAAUGCAUGGUUGAAUACGCAGUGACAUCAACAUUGUUGUGAUGGGAUAAGAUUGGGCACUUGGAAAUCUCUCUUACACUAGAAGAGAUUGCAUAAUUUAGUAGUCAUUCAGGCCUAGCCCUUAAGAAUUUUUUUAACGGCCUUACAAUUGGGAUGUGAGUGAAUGUGAAGAAAGAGAUUUGGGGGAAAGAGAAGGCGUGUACUUCUCACACCAAACCACAGACCAUCUAGUGGCACUUGGAUGCACCGUGCCAUAGAAGUCUUUGGACAGCCACUGGUGGCAGCUGCGCAUACCGUAAUGCACUUCCAGUGCGUCGCGUACGGUAUGUGGCUCCUAGCGGGAAGACUGGUGACUUUUGGGAAGUCGGAACUGUGUAUGCAACGAGUGAAAUAAUGGAAAGAAAUGGGGGGGAGGGGGUGGCGGCACUGUUAAUAGCAUUGCUAAUCAUUGAAUUAUGUCUUCUAUAUUAAAUUAACUGAAUGUUCAAAAAGCCAUAAGCCCGAAGAUUGGCACUGCGUGCAAAAAAUAAUAGUAUAGGGAAAAACAAGCUGUGUCUUCUAAACUGCCUGAGUGAAAAGCAAUCAAGUCUAAGAAAUUACAGUAGAUAUCAAGUCUGAGAAAAUAAAUCAGAAUCCUUUUGUGUGGAUCAAAUAUUUGAUCUAACUGAGGGGAAAAAAGCUACAAAACCUGCCAUUAGUAUUAUUCUGUAAUUUAAAAAAACAACAGGAAAGCAUAUUGAUGAACAAUGAAAUUAAGUUCAACAGAACAGCUCCUACACUGCCCUCAGAAGGGAGCUUUGCAGUUAAAGUCAGUCAGGAUUCAUCUGUGCAAAAACCACAGAUUUCCAGAUUCAACCAGCGUAGCCAGCAGAAAACAAAAAAAAGAUCCACACUGCAUGGAUUCCUUUUGGAAGUGGGGGGGGGAGGGGAAACACAAAAAGCAAACAAUUUUUUUAAUUCAAAGAUGACAAAGUUCUUGUAAGGUAAAUAAUGUAUUUAGCAUGAAGCAUGAAUUAUUUUCAUAUAAAUAUAGAAAAUAGAGAAAAAGGCUAUGCCUCUAAUUUUUAAGCCCUUAGGCUUAGAGUUUGGUUGGUUUAUUUUAUUUUUUUGUUUCUGUUUUGUUUUUGUUUUGGUUUUGGUUCCUUUUCUGUUGUUGGGUUGUUUCUUUGUGGAUUUUUUUUUUUUUUUUUUUUUUUUUUUUUUGAAGCAGGUGUUUAAGGUUUAACCUUCUUCAGGGACAAACACUGACUGUUGGGAAACUUACUCUGCAAUAUUAAAAAAAUAAAAUCUUCAUGCUCUGGUAGGGCUUGGAUGGUUGAAUUAUACUGCCUUGUCUGCACAUUCAGCCCCCUCUCCCUACUUCUCUUAAAAAAAAAAAAAAAAAGAAAAAAAAAGAAAAAAAAAAGUAAAAGUGUGUCCUUUCUUCGUCUGUACAUGUGUAACAUGACGCAAUAAUCUGAGGGCAAGUUUAGUAGUGAGUGUGUAUGACAGAAUCAAGAGAAUAAUGGGAGAAUAAUUGAGGAAAACUCUCUGAUUUGAUUCAGGAAUAAGUAGACAAGAAAAUAGCUUUGCUAAUUUGCCAUGAGAAAAUGAAGUUAUUAACAGCCUUAUUGAGGUGUCCUGAGAAAAAACAGUGCAACAGAGGGUGUGAUUCAGGUAUAGUGCUUCUCUCCUGGCACGGUGAUUGUUAGAUUGGAGAUCCGUGCAGCCAAGGAAGCCAUGAAAUAGAUAAUGCAGUCUCUCUCACCUGGAUUCGUCACUUUGGCAUGAAAAAGCUCCAUAUUUAAAAUAUCCUAGAGACAAGGAGAAAAUCCCAGGGACUGAAAAACCCUGCCAUUUAACAAAAUGAAAUGGUUUCUGAUAGAGAAUACAGGUGUAUAUCCCAAAAACUGUUCAGUCAGCAGCACCAAGGUGGAUCUGAUUCCUGAAGAGUGAGUUAGGGAAGGGUCUGAUUCCCUCUCAGUGGAGUGAAAGGAGAGUUGCAUUUGGUGUAUAUGCAGUUAGGAAGUGGAAAGACCAACCGGUAGACUGGGCUGGACCUGGCAGCCUUCUCGAGCUCCACAAACGUUUUGUAAUACAAAAAACAGGACCAUGCCAGGAGCAGUGUGCCAAAAUUGUGCCUCUCCUCCCAUCUCACUCAGUGUGCCCUGGGAUCCAGGGUGCCUUGUCAAGGAUUGUCUGACAGCUGCUGGAGCCCAACAUGACUGCCAGCUAUGCAGAUAAGGAAGGAGGGAGCCAAGGAUGGUGCAGGGAGCAGCUCCGUGCUCUCCUGUUUGCUGGUCCUGGGGCUGAGACAUGCAGCAUAUUACAGCUGAGAUGGCCAGCAUAAUACAGUUGGAGUACACAGGUGUGAAACCUGUUGGCUGCCAACAGCUUUUGAGAUAAAGUUGGGGAAAAUAAAGUUUUCUGUUGGCAAUGGAGCGUGGAGAUGGAUGAGCCACGUCUUUCCAUUUCCAUAGAGCCCUCUUGGUGUGAUUGGGCUGCGACAGUCCCAUGCCACUUGGUCUGUAGGCACAGGCAUUGAACCACACAGUCCUGGGCAUGAGAAUUUGGUCCUUCAUUGUUUUAUAAACUUCGAGGGCUGUCAUUUGAAAUACGAAGUAGUACAGUACGAGCUUGCCACCACCUUUGCUCAUUAAUGCAUAAGUUGUUCUGCAGAGGAGGUAUUUUAAUAUAUACCAGAAAGCAACAUUUAAAAGUCAAAUUCAUGGCUGAAAAUGGGGCUCUGCCAUUUCUUUCCUCCAGAGAAGGCGAUGUGGUUGUCUGCUGGUGGCCAGAUCCUGCCCAGUCGAAACACUAAUUGCAAAGCAUUAUUACUGACUGCAGUACAUCAGUGCAAACAAGAUCAGUGUCUGCUGCACAGCAAGUACUAUUCAUUAAUGUGGACUCUUGGUGGCUAAAUAUGUAAUUACCACUAGUAUUACCUUAGAAAUUGGUCAUUUUGCAUAAAUAUCUAAUUAAGCAGGUUAUCUUUAUGAGUAUACACAUAUAUAAUCUAUCUAAGACUUCAACAUCUUCUUUUUAUACUUGCUGGUAGACGUAAACUGUUGGCAGGUGUCUGUUUUCAUGUGAAAUGUGUUCCUCCUCAUUUGAUCUGCUGAGGAGUUCACAGUUUGGCUGAGUGCUAAUCAACAGAUGACUUGAUGCUUCCUCUAAUUAUUGACAAGUAUAUAAUUUGGACUUGUAUAAAAUAUUUAUGAGUCGCCUUUUAAAACAUUUUUGUGGCUAGGUAAAAAUGGCAGCUUUGUCAGAAUUGGUAAUACUUCAUCAGAAAAGUUCUAUCUCGUUUUAAUUAUUAUUAAGAAUUGAGUGUGUUUUUCCAGAAGAAAAAAAAAAGUCAUCUCCUCAACCCAAUUGUCUCUCCUUACAGUGAGUCAUGCCAAAACUGGGUGGUAAUUGCACUGUAUUACAAGCUCUCUCACUUGCCAGACAUGAGGUGGUUGGGUUUUGCUUGUUUCCUUUCUUUACUAAGCCAUUUUGGGGUGAGAAGUCAUAGAAUCUCUUAACUUUCUGUUUUCCUCACCCUAUCAGUAUUGCCAAAUUAAUGGUUCUCCAGAACAGGUGGGGACUAUAGGAAUCCUGGUAGGUCAGCAAGCUUUUAGUGGCAAGUUUCGUAUGGAUGUGUGUUGUAGGGGUCACUCAGACUUCACCAGGAGUUUCCUUGGAAUAUACCCUCUGCAGGGAGAAGCUCUUGCAGUCCAGAUGCCACAAGCAGAUUUCACAGGAGUCUUCAGGGAGGUGAAAUCUGUUGGCCAUGUUUGCAUGCUGCAAGCAGUUGGAUGUUCUCAUGAGAAGUCAUUUUGAUGCAGAUUUUUGCCUGCAUUUAGAGAUUUGGGCACGGUUCUUGAGCAGCUGUAAUACAACAUCCCGUAGCAGUUUCUGAAAGCAAUUUGAUGAGACAUGCUGUUAGGACCGCAGAACUAGCCUGUGGCUGUAUUCUUACUGGUAAUUCAAGUGAUGUCCAGGCUGACUCCUGUCUUACCUUAAAUUGGGAGAAAAGAAUCCCAAAGGAGGUGCAUCAGCUUCCAGUGUUCAACUGAAUUACUGUCUACCUUUGCAAAAGAUACAAGGAAACUGUGGGCUGUGUUCUUCACCAGAGUGGGGUAGAGGGGUGUCAACAUACUUGAACGUACUAAAUCCUAAGUUGUAUGCCAAAUGGCACCAUGGAUAAAAUGGCCAUUUUCUCAGUAGCCAAAUCAUCGAGAUCCUAAUUUUUCUGGAAUUAUUUCUGUAUCUAAACAUGCAGAUAGGCACAGUCUGGGAUUUUCCAGUACCUCAGGGUGUCUCAUCUCCUUUGCAGUCAAUGAAGCUACAGACAUCCAGGUGCUCUUGAAAAUCUAUACUGUUCUAUUAUUACCAUUUUUCCUUUGAUCUGGCCCAAGUAGUUUUUUCAAACAUUGCUGUCCUGUGCUCCAGGAUUAACGUAUAGAGAGAAUGCAUUUACUUCCAGAUGCAAUGCAAUUUACUUCACUUCAUGGAGAAUGCAGACGUUCCUUCGAGUAUCCCGCUGCUGCUUGAACAGCUCAUGGGCAUACUUUACAGGAAAUGUUUUGAAAACUUCUUGACUUUGCCACCAAAAGAGCAUUUGAACCAUACAUCCUCUUGAUUGUAACAGAAUAUCAGUGUUGACUGUCUGACCAGUUAAGUUUUAGUAGUGUUCUUCACAGCCCUCCAGUAAUAUAUCAAACACUGUUAUGCACAUAAUGCAGCACUGUGAUCUAAUUUAAAUAAUACUUUUUUAUUAUUUAUACUACUCUAUGUAAUAUACAUCAACACUUUGCUAUAUAACCUAAGUGAUAACCCUCUUCUUAGUUAUCUGCCAAACUUUGAAUUUCUGUUUGGUUUAUAUUGCAUUUAGCACAGUUACCAAGUUGUAAUGAUGUCUCUUUUCCUUUGAAAUGGAAUGUGUAAGUCAAACUAUACAUUUGUGUGUUUCUGUUUUAAGCUGGAGUUUAUAAGGAUUUACACACAACAUUCGGUGUUCUGUAUAAAUCUGCAUACAUUUGUGAAUUCAUCUGCUAAUCCCCUUUUCUUUAGAAAGUAUUAAUGGUGGUUUAUUAGGGGUUUUUUUGUUCUUUUUUUUUUGUUUGUUUUGUUUUGUUUUUGCAUUUUUACUUCUAGUACUGGUAAUUCUUGAAUUAAGCAGAGACUUGUCAGCUGGGUUGCUUUAUCAUGUACAUGACCUUACAAUUCUUCCACAGUUCAGCCAACAAGUACUAGCUUCACUGACCAAAAAAAGUCUCAACCUAAUGUGUCUAUGGUGCUGUAUUUUGCUGGUGUACAUUUAAAACCAGAAAUGAUCUAGAGGUCACUUUGAGUUGUUCUAAUAAGUAGCCUUUCCUGGUUUGGGGAGCUUGGGUUUUGUUUUUGUUUUAGCAUUGAAACAUGAAGUAUUUAUCUGAAGCUGUAUCAUGGUUUUUCUACUGUAUCACGUUUCCUUUUGCAAAGAGGGGAAACGGGCCUGAUGGAGCAGCCUCUCACAGGCAGUGGAAGGCGAUUCUGUUUCAGUUUUUCUUUUUCUCUUAAUUUCAUUGGCCGUUGGAUCAGGCCAGCAGUCCGAGGGUUCAUUAUCUGAGGGUUUAAGGGAUAACUGCAACUUGUGCUAGAAUUGCGUGUUGCAUUCUGCAACGGCCAUCAUCUAGAAAUGGGAAUCUCUUUACUCUGGCCUAAAAUGCCAAGACAUUUUUUCUUUCAGAUUAACCAUUGAACUUCAUUACAUUUUUAAGUUAACAGAGCAUUGUGCAUUUCUGAGUAUGUAUGUGGGAUGACAAUUGAAAGUAAUACCUGUACCUGAUAACCAGUUCCAUGCCUGCAUCAUUCACACUCACUACUUAAAACUGCCAUGAUGUAAAAUGUUGGGGGGAAUGAUUUGUGUGUGUAUGAAAAGCAUUAUGGACUUGUACAUUUUUUUUAUACUCUGAUCUGUAAUUUCUGAAAUAUUUUGUUUUACAGAAAAAAAAAAAAAAAAAAGUGAUAAAGCAAUCAAAAGACCAAGAGAUUUAAUAUCAGUGCUUAAGGGUCACAGGACCUUAACUGGCCAAUAUGUUAAUUCAGUACAGUGAUAAGCCAAUUUUUUUUCCUGUACUUGGCAUCUGAAACUGCCAAUUUCAUCAAUAUUAAAAUACAAACUGUGAUGGGGAAUGAACAGUGAUGUUAAGUUGUAUUUGUGUUUACCUAAAUGAGCAGUCCGAAGACAAGUGCAAUCAGCUGAUCUUUAGGGAAUAUGAAAAUGUUGAUUUAGAGGCAUACUUGCAUUUUACAUUUUCUUGAUGUGUAAUCAUAUUGCCAAAGACAAACUACUUCAUCAAUUAUUAUUGUAAAUAACACUUUCCCAAAACCUACCAUAAAGUUUCUGUGAUGUAUUGUCUUCCAGUUGCAAUAAAAAUUACUGAGUUGCAUCAAUUGAACAA